UCUAUUCAGUCGUAUUCCACCCUACCCUAUGGUAACCUAGCUUAUCAUUUAGCAAUUACCUUAGGAUUAAUGAUGAUACCAACAGCUAGUUUGUGUGUGCAUUGGUUACCAGCAAAAUCUAAUAUCUCAAUAGGAAUUCUCACUGUUAUAGGAACUGCUGUAGCAUGUUACAUCACAGCGUGUGCUGCAAUGAGUCCAUAUCCGCCAUUAUGUGGCAGUCCAUGGGGAGGGGUAGUAUCGGUCGUGGUAUGGUUGUUAUUUUAUUUUAUAUUCACUUACAUCAAAGUCUCUAUUGGAGGAAUAUUACGUCAUGAAGGCAGAAAUGCUCUUAUUUUGUACGGCGGAGUGACACAGAUUGGGUCGUUGUGUGGCGCGAUUCUUAUAUUCCCACUGAUCAAUACACUGCAUUUGUUUGAGCCAAACGAUCCUUGCGUAUUUACCUGCUAUUAAAUUGCCAAACCC